UCUCUCUCUCUCUCUCUUUCUCUCUCUCUCACACACACACACACACACACACACACACACACACACACCUUUGUGCUCAGGACAUCAAAACCAAAGAGAUUUCCCUGGGGAAACAAAUCCUGCCUGGAGAAAUCUCCCCAUUGGUUGUUUAUCCGCAGAAAUCUACAUGUUUCAGGGGAUGGUGCAUCUAUAAUCAGUCUGUCCCUAUAGGACUUGGGUCUUGGCGACCUUUUUGUGACCUCUCCCGCCAGAGGAGGCUGCUGUCACUUUAAAAAUUUACUGAAAGAGGAGCCCGUCGUCUGGCUUCCGACCACUCUGGAGAUAGCUCCCUUUCUCCCUCGCCCCGGUUUCUUUCUGGAUGGCCGAGCAGAUCCCCUUUAAAGAGACAGUUCAUGAAAUAGAAACCCUGCGGCUGGGCGCGGAGUGGCUAAAGGGGAUGAGCGGGUGAGGGUCUGGCCCCGAGAAGGCUCUGGGAGGAUCUGGGGGGCCGUCCCGGCCUGGCAGGCCCCCUACCUUCGCACACUUUCCUCCUGUGGGUCUUGCUCCUGGAGCUGCGAGAGAGGAGUGGGAGAAGUUUUAGUAGGUUUCAGAUAACUUUCAUUACACAUCGGGCUGAUAAGAGCCAGAGAAAGUGAGGAAAGAGGGAGGUAGUGAGGCCAGAAGGAAUAGCUGCGAGCUCAUUUAGGAAGGGGGAAAAACCCAAAUACACCAAACCCGGCUCAAUUCUGGUCUUAAAACACUGUUGGCGGACAAUAAAUCCGAAACGCGUGGUCCUGGCGAUCAGCUCCCAGGGAACGACAAACUUAUCAGACACCCAUUUGGAAGUCGAGACACGGGGCUUUUAUUUAAAACAUUUUUUUUUAAAAUAUCUCGAAAUGUUGGCGGGUGUUCUUUGAAAAGAUUUUCCAACUCAAGUACCCGGCUGCUGCUGAUUUUAUUUUUGUUUAAUUCUGCUGUGAUUGCUUUUGAUUGCUGAGUUGAGGCCGUAGAAAUCGGAAGAUCUUAGAUGAGUUUUGCAAUGUGAAGUUCUGCAUAGAUGCCAGUCAACCAGAUGUAGGAAGCUGGCUCAAGUACAUCAGAUUCGCUGGCUGCUAUGAUCAGCACAACCUUGUUGCAUGUCAGAUAAAUGAUCAGAUAUUCUACCGAGUAGUCGCAGACAUUGCGCCUGGGGAAGAACUCCUGCUGUUCAUGAAGAGUGAAGAGGACCCGCAUGAGCCCAUGGCGCCUGACAUACACGAAGAACGGCAGCACCGCUGUGAGGACUGUGACCAGCUCUUUGAAUCCAAGGCAGAGCUAGCAGAUCACCAGAAGUUCCCAUGCAGCACCCCUCACUCCGCAUUCUCCAUGGUGGAGGAGGACUUACAACAAAACCUGGAGAGUGAGAGCGAUCUCCGAGAGAUCCACAGCAACCAGGACUGUAAGGAAUGUGACCGAGUUUUCCCCGAUCUGCAAAGCCUGGAGAAGCACAUGUUGUCACAUACUGAGGAGAGGGAAUACAAGUGUGAUCAGUGUCCCAAGGCAUUUAACUGGAAGUCCAACUUAAUUCGCCAUCAGAUGUCACAUGACAGUGGAAAGCACUAUGAGUGUGAAAACUGUGCCAAGCAGGUUUUCACGGACCCUAGCAACCUUCAGCGACACAUUCGAUCUCAGCAUGUUGGUGCCCGGGCCCAUGCUUGCCCUGAGUGUGGUAAAACAUUUGCCACUUCGUCAGGCCUCAAACAACACAAGCACAUCCACAGCAGUGUGAAGCCCUUUAUCUGUGAGGUCUGCCAUAAAUCCUAUACUCAGUUUUCAAACCUUUGUCGUCAUAAGCGCAUGCAUGCUGAUUGCAGAACCCAAAUCAAGUGCAAAGACUGUGGACAAAUGUUCAGCACUACGUCUUCCUUAAAUAAACACAGGAGGUUUUGUGAGGGCAAGAACCAUUUUGCGGCAGGUGGAUUUUUUGGCCAAGGCAUUUCACUUCCUGGAACCCCAGCUAUGGAUAAAACGUCCAUGGUUAAUAUGAGUCAUGCCAACCCGGGCCUGGCUGACUAUUUUGGCACCAAUAGGCAUCCUGCUGGUCUUACCUUUCCAACAGCUCCUGGAUUUUCCUUUAGCUUUCCUGGUCUGUUUCCUUCGGGCUUGUACCACAGGCCUCCUUUGAUACCCGCUAGUCCUCCUGUUAAAGGACUAUCAAGUACCGAACAGUCAAACAAAUGUCAAAGUCCCCUCUUGACACAUCCUCAGAUACUGCCAGCUACACAGGAUAUUUUGAAGGCACUAUCUAAACACCCACCUAUAGGGGACAAUAAGCCAGUGGAACUGCUGCCCGAGAGGUCCUCUGAAGAGAGGCCCCUUGAGAAAAUCAGUGACCAGUCAGAGAGUAGUGACCUUGAUGAUGUCAGUACACCAAGUGGCAGUGACCUGGAAACAACCUCGGGCUCUGAUCUGGAAAGUGACCUUGAAAGUGAUAAAGAGAAAUGUAAAGAAAAUGGUAAAAUGUUCAAAGACAAAGUAAGCCCUCUGCAGAAUCUGGCUUCAAUAAAUAAUAAGAAAGAAUACAACAAUCAUUCCGUUUUCUCAGCAUCUGUAGAGGAGCAAACCGCGGUGUCAGGAGCUGUGAAUGAUUCUAUAAAGGCUAUUGCGUCUAUUGCUGAAAAAUACUUUGGUUCCACAGGACUGGUGGGGCUACAAGACAAAAAAGUUGGAGCGUUACCUUACCCUUCCAUGUUUCCCCUCCCAUUUUUUCCAGCAUUCUCUCAAUCAAUGUACCCAUUUCCUGAUAGAGACUUGAGGUCAUUACCUUUGAAAAUGGAACCCCAGUCACCAAGUGAAGUCAAGAAACUGCAGAAGGGAAGCUCUGAGUCCCCUUUUGACCUCACCACGAAGAGAAAGGAUGAGAAGCCCUUGACUUCAGGCCACUUGAAGCCUCCAGGAACACCAACCACAAGCCAAGACCAGCCCCUGGAUCUAAGUAUGGGCAGUAGGAGUAGAGCCAGUGGGACAAAGUUGACUGAGCCUCGAAAAAACCAUGUAUUUGGAGAAAAGAAAGGAAGCAACAUGGAAACAAGGCCAUCUUCAGAUGGCUCCUUGCAGCAUGCCAGGCCCACUCCCUUCUUCAUGGACCCCAUUUAUAGAGUAGAGAAAAGAAAGCUAACUGACCCGCUUGAAGCUUUGAAAGAAAAAUACUUGAGACCUUCUCCAGGAUUCUUGUUUCACCCACAAUUCCCACUACCUGACCAGAGAACAUGGAUGUCAGCUAUUGAGAACAUGGCGGAAAAGCUAGAAAGCUUCGGCGCCCUGAAACCUGAGGCCAGCGAGCUCUUGCAGUCAGUGCCCUCCAUGUUCAGCUUCAGAGCUCCUCCCAACACCCUGCCAGAGAACCUGCUGCGGAAGGGGAAAGAACGCUACACCUGCAGGUACUGUGGCAAGAUUUUUCCAAGGUCUGCAAACUUAACACGGCACUUGAGAACUCACACGGGAGAGCAACCUUACAGAUGCAAAUACUGUGAUAGAUCCUUCAGCAUUUCCUCCAACCUGCAGCGACAUGUGCGCAACAUCCACAACAAGGAGAAGCCAUUUAAGUGUCACUUAUGUGACAGAUGUUUUGGUCAACAAACCAAUCUUGACAGACACCUGAAGAAACACGAGAACGGGAACAUGUCUGGUACGGCAACGUCCUCACCUCAUUCCGAGCUAGAAAGUGCAGGUGCAAUCCUGGAUGACAAAGAAGAUGCUUACUUUACAGAGAUCCGCAAUUUCAUUGGGAAUAGCAACCAUGGAAGCCAGUCUCCUCGGAGCAUGGAGGAGAGGAUGAAUGGCAGUCACUUCAAGGAUGAAAAGGCUUUGGCAACCAGCCACAAUUCAGAUUUAUUGGAUGAUGAAGAAGUAGAAGAUGAGGUGUUGUUGGAUGAGGAGGAUGAAGACAAUGAUAUUCCUGGAAAACCUAGAAAGGAGCUGGGGGUCACUAAUUUAGAUGAGGAAAUCCCGGAGGAUGACUUUGAAGACGCGGGUGCCCUGGAGAUGAGUUGUAAGGCGUCCCCAGUGAGGUAUAAAGAGGAAGACUAUAAAUCUGGCCUUUCCGCUCUAGAUCACAUAAGGCACUUCACAGAUAGCCUCAAAAUGAGGGAAAUGGAAGAGAAUCAAUACACUGACGCUGAGCUGGCCUCCUUUAGUUCUUCUCAUGUGCCAGAGGAGCUCAAACAGCCGUUACACAGAAAGUCCAAAUCACAGGCAUAUGCUAUGAUGUUGUCACUGUCUGACAAGGAUUCCCUCCAUCCCACCUCCCACAGUUCCUCCAACAUGUGGCACAGCAUGGCAAGGGCUGCAGCAGAAUCCAGUGCCAUCCAGUCCAUAAGCCAUGUAUGACAUUGUCAAGGUUGACCAGAGUGGGACCAAGUCCGACAGUCUCAUGGCUCUUUCAUACUGAACUCUUUACAAGACUGCCCAGCAGAAUGCCUUAUAACCCUGGAGGGUCACGCGUUUAAAGUCUGGUGACCUUAAACUGAAUGAGUAAAGAAAGAGACAGAAAAAGGAAGCUAUUUAUUCUCGAUAUUUUGUUUUGCACAGCCAAGGCAGCUGCUGACUUCUGGAGGAUCAAUUAAUCUAAAAUGAUUGGAGGCAAAAGAAAACCUCACUGGGGAAGGCACCUUUCAUUCUCCUGCCGUAGGGCAUAGGUGGGUGAGAGGAGCAGUUGAAAUGGCAGCAUUGAUGUAAAUGGACACUCCAUAGAAAUCAAACUCUGCUCUACAAGAUCACCUGAUCUGAUCGGGAACAGUGGCUUUUAACUACCAGAUUUAAUUUUUUUUUCCUUUUUAAAGUUUUAUGUAAUUUAACCCUUUGAAGAUGGAAGUAGUCAGAAGAAAUGCACAAUGAUUAUAGGAAGUGAUAGCAAGAGUUUUUGUCACCCCCCCUACCUUUGGCCUUCUUAAGUAUAUUGUUUAAAAUUAGGGAAAAAAGGGUAUGUGUAUAUUGUAAACUAUGGAUGCUCAUGCUCAGAGAGGUUAAGUCGGUGAUAUAACCUGUUCAUCACCAGUACCACUGUACCACUAAUACAAUGUUUGCCAAAUCCUUGUAAUGACAUCUUAAGUUUAGACAAUCAUGUCACUGUUUUUAAUGUUUCAAUUUUUUUGUGUGUGUUGUGUGUAUCAUGUAUUUAUUUGUUGGCAAACUAUGGUUUGUUGAUCAAAAAGAGCACUGUUCCCGUCAGCCACUAUUUUAUGAUGUCUGAGGCACACCCCCUUUCUGGAUUCUAAGGACCAAGGUGACAUGACCUGUGUAUGGGAGUGCCCAAUAGUGUUUGGCUUUUCUUUACAUUCCUUCCUUUUUGUUGUUGUUGUUGUUUUGUUUUCCUUUUUAAUGAACUAAAUACAAAUAGAUGCAACUUAGUUUUUGUAAUACUGAAAUCGAUUCAAUUGUAUAAAUGAUUAUAAUUUCUUUCAUGGAAGCAUGAUUCUUCUGAUUAAGAACUGUACCCCAUAUUUUAUGCUGGUUGUCUGCAAGCUUGUGCGAUGAUGUUAUGUUCAUGUUAAUCCUAUUUGUAAAAUGAAGUGUUCCUGACCUUAUGUUAAAAGAGAGAAGUAAAUAACAGACAUUAUUCAGUUAUUUUGUCUUUUAUUAAAAAAACAGAUUUUGUUUUUCCUUUUUGUUUGUAAUCUCAUUUGGAAAUAAUUGGCAAGUUGAGGUACUUUCUUCCAAUGCUUUGUACAAUAUAAACUGUUAUGCCUUUCAGUGCGUUACUGUGGGAGGAGCAACUAAAAAAAAAAUAAAGACUUCCAAAAAUGAUGAAAAAUAA